AUGUCUUUGCUUCACUUUGGUGCACUAAGGCUUUUCUUCAUGUGGCAGCUGGUCCUGGCUUUUCCCAUUCCAGAGUUCACUGGGAAGACACGCCAGUUGACUUCAGAGAACUGGGUGCUAACCAAACUCUGGUCUUGGCACUCCUCUGAUCAUCUACCUAAAUCCCCACAUACUCGAGCACCUGAGACAGACAAAGGGGGCACUGAGUAUCUGAGGCCCCCUGCUCGCAAAGAGAUGUUGGCCCCACUUGAGGAGUUGACUGACAGUUUACUUCUAUUCCAGGACCCCAGAACUUCUUGGGAGUCAAACCCAGAGCCUGCGGAACUUGGUGUUUCACAUCAGCAUCUGACCAACAAGCUGAUACCACCUGGGAAGCAGCCAGAGAACAUUUUAACACUAAAUGGGGAUCAAAUUCAGGCUCCCAUUCUGCGUUCACAGUUCAAAAGUACUGCCAGUCUAGCUGAGGCUGCAGAUCAUCAGUUGAAUGAAAUACUUGUUCCACCACUAGACAGCCAGAGUUCAAAAGCAACAACCUUCAUGGUUUCACCCAAGGAGUUGAAGAAAGAUUUAACUCAGCACAGGAAAUUUGCUAAGGUGGUUGAUGGAAAACCUCAAUUUCACAAACAAACCAAGGAUGAUGAUUAUGGUGACCUGAAUAUGAAUGAAGCUUAUUCUUACAGCCUUCCUCUGCAAUCCCAGGAAGAUGCAGAUGAAGCUCCAGAGUUCCUAGAGCAGGAUGAACCUGACCAGUUGGAGACACAAGUUCAAAAUACAGAGAAUCUCCAUCAGGAAGCUCCAGAUUAUUUCCCACAGGAAGAUGAACCUUUAAUCCAAAAAGAAGACCCAGCUCAACAUCAGCUUCCUUCUGAGGAAACAUCAGUUCAUCCUGAAAUACGUGGUCCACCUCCAAAAAGAAAUGAAGCUCAGCACUCAAACCUGCCAAAUGUGACAGUGAAUCCUGUGGCUUCAGAGGCAGAUAAGAAGGUACAAGCUACUCUGGGCCAGCAACAGCCCCUAGCCCAGUUUCCAGAGAGUUCUGAGUUGUUGGAACCUUCAUCAACCCAACAAGAGGCCCCAGCUCAGAUUUUAGAGCUUCCUGAAGACCUUGAAAAUUCUGUUGAACAAGAGGAUCCACUUCAAACUCCAGAGUCCCCUAUUGAGAAUGUGGUUGAAACUCCACCAAUUCACAAAGUCCAGCCAGAUCGAAAUGAAGAGCACCAUUAUUACUUACCACAUGUUACAGUUAGACCCGUGGAUGUGGCACUUACCAUAACUUCAGAACCUACCAAGGAGACUGAAUCUUCUCUGACCCAGCAGGUGUCCCCAGUGCAUCCUUUGGAGUAUACUGAGCAGAUGGAACCCUUUCUCCAUGAGGAGAAGCCUCCAACUCAGGCUUCUGGGCCUUCUGGAGAGAGUCAAUUUCAAAGCCAGCUGGAGGUACCAGCUCAAGCCUUAGAGUAUGCUGAAGAGUUUAAACCUUCUGCAACUGAGCAGGAACAAGCAACUCAGUCUCCAGUGCAUCAUGAAGCGACAGUUUUGCCUCCAGGUCACUAUCAAGCUCAGCAUUCUAACCUGUCUUAUGUGACUGGUCAACUUCCAGAUAUGGAGAUUAAAGUAACAGAGAAUCCUGUAGCUGCGAUGGGAACUGUGUACAAUGAGGCUACAGCAUCUGAAGAGGUUGAACUGUCAAAACAACAGGGUGUUUUAUAUCAGUCCCCAGAACAUAUUCUGCAUCAUAAACCUCUAAGCCAGCAAGAAGACACAACUGGAAUAUCACAGAUCUCUGAAGAAGGAAAACCCUUUCCAGCACAGCAGGAGACUUCAGAACAGAUGCUAGAGCUGCCCGAUGAAGAACUUCCAGGUUACCAUGAGGUAACAGUUUCAUCCCUGGGUCAUGGUCAAGUUUAUUUUUCAGCAUCACACAAUAUCCCAAUUGAUCAUCAAACCAACCCACAAAAGGAUCAUCAUUCUCCAGUUGGUCAAGGGGUCCCAACCCAACCUGAAAAUUUUCCUGAGGAACCGUAUCCAAGUCAGCAGGGGAGCUCAACUUGGCCUUCAAUAACAGAUAGGUUUUUUUUUCAUCUGCAGAUCUAGAGGCAACAUUCAGAACUGAACUUCCAAAGUCAUAUAAAACCACUGUUAAACAUGUGGACCUAGAACUGACCAUAACUCCAGAACCUUCUCUGAAGGAUGGAUAAGUUCCAUUUCCACAAGAAGACUUCCGUCAGCCUAUAGACUCCACUGGGAAAGGUAAAUUUUCACAGAUUCAGACUAAUGCCCUUUCCAAGCGUCCAUAUUUCUUCAGAACUGAAUCUCUAGCCUUCCAGGAGGCCAUAACUCAGACAACACACCACUUUAAAGAGGUACACCUUUAUUCAACUCAACAGGAAGCCUCAGAACUGCCUCCGGGUCACAGUAUGAGAGUAAGACCUUCUUUACAUCAACAAAUAACCCUAUCUCAUCCCGUAGACCUCCAUGAGAAUCCGAAAACAUUUCUAGCACUGAAGCCCACUGCAGCUCAGACUUUAAAACUCCGUAGAAAAGGAAAAAUUUCUCUAACCCAUAAAGUGAUUCCACACCCUCCAAAGCCACAGAAAAAUAUUGUAACUCACAUUCCAGCCCACAAGAUGACUGUUCCAAGGCCAGAUCAGGAUCAAGUUGAGUAUACACUAUCACCUAAUGGUUUAUUUCAGCCUUUGGACCUAGAAGUUACUGUAACCCCAGGAAUUAGUCCAGAGACUAAGCAUUAUAUACUACCAAAGAAAACUGUAAAUCCACAUUUUCAAGUAAACUUCCACAUCCACAUCAUAGUGAGACUCAACAUCCAAACCCAACUAAAAACGCAUUUCAACCUUUG